AUGAAAUUAAAAGUGAUAUUACUAGAUAAGGAGUAUAACUUCAAGAGAUAUUCCAAAUAUUAAGACUUCCUUGAUAUAUUCUGCUCAAUUGAACCUCAAUUUGAAUUAGAUAGUUUUACUUAUUAUGAUGAAGAAUAAGAUCUCAUUACAAUAUCAAAAGAGGAAGAUUAUAAUUGCUUUCUCGUUAGUUCCAUAUCAACCAUCUAAGCCAAAGUUACAAGCAGAGAGGAAUUUAAGGCUAAUUUAAGACUUUAAACAGGUCAAGAAAUAAUCUAAUUGAUGUAACUAACUCAUAUGAUUUCAUAGUAAAAGAUGUUUUAUGAACACAAUCUGCAAAUUACUCGUGCAAUUCAAAAAGUUCCAAUCGAAGAAUAACCAUUAUAAUAAGAGAAGAAUAUAAUUUUAAGAAAGAUUGAAGAGCAGAAAAAAAGAAUUGAAAAGAAUAAGAAACUAAAAUUGAAAACAGAUUUGGUUUAUCAUUUUUUAAGUUCAGAUAUUUGUUCAAUAGUUAAUUAAGUUGAUCGUAAACUGAGAUAUGAUCAAACAACGUAGGAAGAAUUUGAUAAAUAGUUAGAAUCUACUUAGAAAUAUUUGGUUGAUUAGUUUUUUUAAGUAUAUUUACAAAGAUUAAAUAAAAUAAUCGAGAUAAGGGAAACACAAUAGAAUGGAAAUAGGAAGAUGACAGAAUUAAAAAAUAAUUUGAAACAAAUUGAAUAUCAGAUAAAAAGAACUAAUAAAGAAUUAAAGUUGAGAGAAAACUAUUUUUUGUAGGGCAUCUAUGCAAUAAAGUGCUUGGUUAAGAAACUUUGA